AACCGUAACUGUAAAAUACCGAAGAUGUUGAAUACUGACUGGGAUUGGGGAUUAUUUAGUAUAUCAGAGAUAUAAAAUGGACGAGAUACAGACAAUCAGCAUCAGUUACUAAAUUGCUUUCAAUUAUAUCACCUACCACCUACAAAAAUAGUUUUAUUAGAUUUUACAAACAAUCAAAUGAUGUUACUGAAAUUGAUGUUCUGUUCGGUAUUAAUAAUACUGGUAACAGCAGAAUCUCAGAUACAAAAGAAUGAUCCAUGGGAAGUGAGUCCUCAAGCAAACAGAGACGAAUAUGGCAAUACGAAUGCAGGCGUUGAAGUUAAAAGAAAAGGAGAGCAGCACGAUUUGGAAGCCGGAUGGAACAAAGUGGUUCGAGGACCAAAUAAAGCAAAACCGACAUGGCAUGUAGGUAGUACUCUUAGGUUUAAGAGAUCUCCCAAAGAACCUUGGGAAGUAAGUCCUCAAGCAAACAGAGACGAAAAUGGCAAUACCAAUGCAGGAGUUGAAGUUAAAAGAAAAGGAGACAAGCACGAUGUUGAAGCAGGAUGGAACAAAGUAGUCCGAGGACCAAAUAAAGCAAAACCGACCUGGCACGUAGGUGGCACCUUCAGAUUCAAGAGAUCUCCCAAACAACCUUGGGAAAUAAGUCCUCAAGCAAACAGAGACGAAAAUGGCAAUACCAAUGCAGGAGUUGAAGUUAAAAGAAAAGGAGACAAGCACGAUGUUGAGGCAGGAUGGAAAAAAGUAGUCCGAGGACCUAAUAAAGCAAAACCCACCUGGCACGUAGGUGGCACCUUCAGAUUCAAGAGAUCUCCCAAACAACCUUGGGAAAUAAGUCCUCAAGCAAACAGGGACGAAAAUGGCAAUACCAAUGCAGGAGUUGAAGUUAAAAGAAAAGGAGACAAGCACGAUGUUGAGGCAGGAUGGAAAAAAGUAGUCCGAGGACCAAAUAAAGCAAAACCGAUCUGGCACGUAGGUGGCACCUUCAGAUUCAAGAGAUCUCCCAAACAACCUUGGGAAAUAAGUCCACAAGCAAACAGAGACGAAAAUGGCAAUACCAAUGCAGGAGUUGAAGUUAAAAGAAAAGGAGACAAGCACGAUGUUGAAGCAGGAUGGAACAAAGUAGUCCGAGGACCAAAUAAAGCAAAACCGACCUGGCACGUAGGUGGCACCUUCAGAUUCAAGAGAUCUCCCAAACAACCUUGGGAAAUAAGUCCUCAAGCAAACAGAGACGAAAAUGGCAAUACAAAUGCAGGAGUUAAAGUUAAAAGAAAAGGAGACAAGCACGAUGUUGAGGCAGGAUGGAAAAAAGUAGUCCGAGGACCAAAUAAAGCAAAACCGACCUGGCACGUAGGUGGCACCUUCAGAUUCAAGAGAUCUCCCAAACAACCUUGGGAAAUAAGUCCUCAAGCAAACAGGGACGAAAAUGGCAAUACCAAUGCAGGAGUUGAAGUUAAAAGAAAAGGAGACAAGCACGAUGUUGAGGCAGGAUGGAAAAAAGUAGUCCGAGGACCAAAUAAAGCAAAACCCACCUGGCACGUAGGUGGCACCUUCAGAUUCAAGAGAUCUCCCAAACAACCUUGGGAAAUAAGUCCUCAAGCAAACAGGGACGAAAAUGGCAAUACCAAUGCAGGAGUUGAAGUUAAAAGAAAAGGAGACAAGCACGAUGUUGAGGCAGGAUGGAAAAAAGUAGUCCGAGGACCAAAUAAAGCAAAACCGACCUGGCACGUAGGUGGCACCUUCAGAUUCAAGAGAUCUUCCAAACAACCUUGGGAAAUAAGUCCUCAAGCAAACAGAGACGAAAAUGGCAAUACCAAUGCAGGAGUUGAAGUUAAAAGAAAAGGAGACAAGCACGAUGUUGAGGCAGGAUGGAAAAAAGUAGUCCGAGGACCAAAUAAAGCAAAACCCACCUGGCACGUAGGUGGCACCUUCAGAUUCAAGAGAUCUCCCAAACAACCUUGGGAAAUAAGUCCUAAAGCAAACAGGGACGAAAAUGGCAAUACCAAUGCAGGAGUUGAAGUUAAAAGAAAAGGAGACAAGCACAAUGUUGAGGCAGGAUGGAAAAAAGUAGUCCGAGGACCAAAUAAAGCAAAACCCACCUGGCACGUAGGUGGCACCUUCAGAUUCAAGAGAUCUCCCAAACAACCUUGGGAAAUAAGUCCUCAAGCAAACAGGGACGAAAAUGGCAAUACCAAUGCAGGAGUUGAAGUUAAAAGAAAAGGAGACAAGCACGAUGUUGAGGCCGGAUGGAAAAAAGUAGUCCGAGGACCAAAUAAAGCAAAACCGACCUGGCACGUAGGUGGCACCUUCAGAUUCAAGAGAUCUCCCAAACAACCUUGGGAAAUAAGUCCUCAAGCAAACAGAGACGAAAAUGGCAAUACCAAUGCAGGAGUUGAAGUUAAAAGAAAAGGAGACAAGCACGAUGUUGAAGCAGGAUGGAACAAAGUAGUCCGAGGACCAAAUAAAGCAAAACCGACCUGGCACGUAGGUGGCACUUUCAGAUUCAAGAGAUCUCCCAAACAACCUUGGGAAAUAAGUCCUCAAGCAAACAGAGACGAAAAUGGCAAUACAAAUGCAGGAGUUGAAGUUAAAAGAAAAGGAGACAAGCACGAUGUUGAGGCAGGAUGGAAAAAAGUAGUCCGAGGACCUAGUAAAGCAAAGCCCACCUGGCACGUAGGUGGCACCUUCAGAUUUAAGCGAUCUCCUAAACAACCUAGGGAAGUAAGUCCUCAAGCAAACAGGGACGAAAAUGGCAAUACCAAUGCAGGAGUUUAAGUUAAAAGAAAAGGAGUUCAACACCAUGUGGAAGCAGGAAGGAAGAAGAUAGUUGAAGGGACAAUUAAGGCAAAAUCAACCUGGCACGUAGGUGAUAUUCUCAGAUUUAAAAGGUCGGAAGAAUCACAAAAUUAAAUGUUCGCGAUUUCCACCUGUUUUUUAUUUAUUAUAUUGAGCCCGAUAUCAUCAUUGUGCAUGUUUUAUUUAUUAUUAUUUAUUUAUGUAUACCAAAAAUUGCUGCCAUAUUUAUAUAAGAUAUUACUUUGUAAGUUUUGAUAUUUUUGUAUUUUCUAACUAAAAUAAAUCCAUUGUUUUAUUUACGUAAAA